AUGCUGCGCUGCUUGCUCCAGCGGGCCUGCAGCCUCCCGGGCGGGGAGAAGGGCGACAAGCACAGCGACCCCGUGGCCAGCCUGACCUUCCGAGGGGUGAAGAAGCGAACCAAAGUGAUUAAGAAUAACAUCAACCCCGUGUGGAACGAGGGCUUUGAGUGGGACCUGAAGGGCAUCCCCUUAGAUCAGAAUGCGGAGCUCCACGUGGUGGUCAAGGACCAUGAGACCAUGGGAAGGAACAGGUUUCUGGGUGAAGCCCACGUGCCCCUUCGAGAUGUCCUGACUUCUCCACACCUGGCUGCCAGUUUCAAUGCCCCUUUGCUGGAUGCCAAACAACAGAGCACUGGGGCCUCCCUCAUCCUCCAAGUGUCCUACACACCUCCCCCCGGGGCAGCUCCUUUCUUCCCCCCACCUGCCCCGUUUGAGCCAAACCCAACUCCUGUGGAGCUGGACACUGUCACAGACACAGCCGGGGAGGAGGAGGGGGAAGACCAGCUGGGGACAGGAGAUGAAGCGGAGCCUUCUUUGGGGCCUGCAGCGCCAGAGCAGCCCUCCCUCCCCAAGAAGCCUCCUCUGCACCCAGUUCAUGGGACCAAGAGGAGAAAAAGCACUUCCAAAAAGCUGCUCUCCAACAAACCUCAGGACUUCCAGAUCAGGGUGCGAAUCAUCGAAGGGCGGCAGCUCCCCGGUAUCAAUAUCAAGCCCGUGGUGAAGGUCACGGCUGCCGGACAGACCAAGAGAACCAGAAUUCGGAAAGGGAAUGGCCCGCUUUUUGACGAGACCUUUUUCUUCAAUGUCUUUGAGUCCCCCAUGGAGUUGUUUGAUGAACCCAUUUUCAUCACGGUUUUCGAUUCCCGUUCUCUUCGCACGGACUCCGUGAUUGGGGAAUUCCGGAUGGACGUUGGGGCAAUUUACGCUGAACCGAAGCACUGCUUCCUCCGAAAGUGGCUGCUGCUUUCUGACCCGGAAGAUUUCUCGGCAGGGGCCAAAGGCUACUUGAAGGUCAGCCUGUACGUCCUGGGGCCUGGGGAUGAGGUGCUGAUGGAGAAAAAGGAAGGUGCUGAAGAGAAGGAAGACAUCGAAGGCAACAUUCUCCGGCCGACUGGUGUGUGCCUCCGAGGGGCCCAUUUCUCCCUCCGGAUCUAUAGAGCCGAAGACCUGCCCCAGAUGGAUGACGCCAUCUUGGACGGUGUCAGGCAGAUCUUUGGGUUCGACAGCAAUAAGAAGAACUUGGUGGAUCCUUUUGUGGAGGUCACCUUUGCUGGCAAAACGCUCUGUAGCAAGGUCCUGGAGAAGACGGCCAACCCCCAGUGGAAUCAAAGCAUCACCCUCCCAGCCAUGUUUCCUUCCAUGUGUGAGAAGAUGAGGAUCCGGGUCAUGGACUGGGACCGCGUCACUCACAAUGACGUUGUCGGCACCAGCUACCUGCGCAUGUCACAGAUCUCGGCCCCAGGAGGGGAGCUGGAAGAUGAGUCCCCUGCCCAUUCGAAGCUUCCCAAAGCAAGCCACAUGGACGACGGGUUGGGCUUCUUGCCAACCUUUGGGCCAUGUUUCAUAAACCUGUACGGCAGCCCGAGAGAAUUCACAGGAUUCCCAGACCCCUAUGAAGAGCUCAACAUGGGCAAGGGAGAGGGCGUGGCCUAUCGGGGGCGGUUGCUGGUGGAGCUGGAGACCAAGUUGGUGGACCACGUGGAGCAGAAAGUGGAGGACAUCCCAGCCGAUGACAUUCUGCUGGUGGAGAAAUACCUGCGCAGACGGAAGUUCUGCCUCUUUGCCGCCUUCUAUUCGGCCACCAUGUUGCAGGACGUUGAUGACGCCAUCCAGUUUGAGGUCAGCAUCGGCAACUACGGGAACAAGUUUGACAGCACCUGCCUUCCCCUGGCCUCCACCACCCAGUUCAGCAGGGCAGUGUUUGACGGCUGCCAGUAUUACUACCUGCCGUGGGGCAACGUGAAGCCCGUGGUUGUGCUCUCCUCCUACUGGGAAGACAUCAGCCACAGAAUGGACACCCAGAACCUUCUUUUUGGGGCUGUGGAUCGACUGGAAGCGAAUUUGGAGCUGGUCCACCGUGCCCUGAAGGCCAAGUGCUCGGCCAUUGACUUGGACACCCUGGUAGCCCGCUUGAUUGAUGAGAUCAUCAUGGACUGCAGCCAGCCUCUGGAGAAUGUCACCCGGAAGGCCACCAGCACCCACUUGGACCAGUAUCUGUACCACUUCCGCACCACCAACCUCAACCAGAUCGCCCAGGCAGCCUUGCGGUUGAAGCACGAAGACUCCGACUUGCAGAUGGUUCUGGAUCAGGCGGAAGACUGGCUCUCCAGGCUGAAAUCCAUGGCUGAGGAGCCUCAGAACAGCCUGCCGGACAUCGUCAUCUGGAUGCUGCAAGGGGACCGGCGGGUGGCUUACAGCCGGGUUCCUGCUCGCGAGGUGCUCUACUCUCGGACCGGACCCAGCUGCUGCGGGAAGAACUGUGGGAAGCUCCAGACCAUAUUCUUGAAGAAUCCUCAGGAGGAGGUGAUGGGCCCCAAGAUCCCGGCCCAGAUCCGCGUCCGGCUGUGGCUCGGACUAGCUGUGGAUGAGAAAGAAUUCAACAAGUCAGCAGAGGGGAGACUCUCUGUGUUUGCAGAAACGUAUGAAAAUCAGACCAAGCUGGCCUUGGUUGGGAACUGGGGCACCACCGGCUUGACCUACCCCAAGUAUUCGGACGUCACAGGCAAGAUCAAGUUGCCGAAGGACAGUUUCAGGCCGUCUGCGGGCUGGACUUGGGCCGGGGAUUGGUUUGUCAGCCCUGAAAAGACGCUGCUGUAUGACGUGGACGCUGGGCACACCAGCUUUGUAGAAGAAGUAUUUGAGAACCAAGUGCGGCUUCCUGGGGGUCAAUGGAUUCACAUGGCAGAGGCCUAUACGGAUGUGAAUGGGGAGAAGGUUCUGCCCAAAGAUGAAAUUGAGUGUCCACCAGGGUGGAAAUGGGAAGAUCCGGAAUGGGACACAGACCUCAACCGAGCUGUAGAUGAGAGAGGCUGGGAAUACGGCAUCACCAUCCCUCCGGACCACAAGCCGAAGGCCUGGGUGCCAGCAGAGAAGAUGUACCACACCAACCGGCGCAGGCGCUGGGUGAGGCUACGCAGGAGAGACCUCACGCAGAUGGAGGCCUUGAAAAAGCACAGACAGGAGGAGCUGGAGGGGGAAGGGUGGGAAUACGCCUCCCUCUUUGGCUGGAGGUUCCACCUGAAAUACCGGAAGACGGAUUCUUUCCGCCGCCGCCGCUGGAGGCGUCGGAUGGAGCCUCUGGAGCAGACAGGAGCAGCCGCCGUCUUUGCAUUGGAAGGUGCCCUGGGUGGAGUGACGGAGGACAAGAGUGACGAUGGCAGAUCAGUCUCAACGCUCAACUUUGGUGUGAAUCGGCCAACCAUUUCCUGCAUAUAUGACUUCGGGAGCCGGUACCACCUGCGCUGCUACAUCUACCAAGCAAGGGAUCUGAUCGCCAUGGACAAAGACAGCUUCUCAGAUCCCUACGCCAUCGUCUCCUUCCUUCACCAAAGCCAAAAGACAGUGGUGGCAAAGAAUACCCUGAACCCCACCUGGGACCAGACGCUCAUCUUCUAUGAGAUUGAGAUCUUUGGGGACCCCCAGAGUGUUGCCAGCUCCCCUCCCUGUGUUGUGGUGGAGUUCUACGACCAUGACACCUAUGGCGCUGACGAAUUCAUGGGGCGCUGCACUUGCAAGCCCAGUCUGGAGCAGAUGCCACGGCUGUCCUGGUACCCCGUCCUGAGGGGCAACCGGAAGGCAGGAGAGCUGCUGGCAGCCUUUGAGCUCAUUCUGAGGGAAAAGCCGGCCAUCCACCAUAUCCCUGGCUUUGAGGCCGAGGAGCCCUCUGUUUUGGAUGAGUCUGCAGAUUUGGAUCUGCCAUACCCCCCACCGCAGAGAGAAGCCAACAUCUACAUGGUCCCUCAAGGAAUCAAACCUGUUCUUCAACGUACAGCCAUUGAGAUCUUAGCCUGGGGGCUCCGCAACGUGAAGAGCUACCAGCUCGCCAGCGUCACUUCCCCCAGUCUCCUGGUGGAGUGUGGGGGGGAGAUGGUCCAGUCGUGUGUCAUCAGGAACCUGAAGAAAAACCCCAACUUUGAUGUCUCCGUUCUCUUCAUGGAAGUGCGCUUGCCCAGGGAAGACCUGUACUGCCCGCCCAUCGCCAUCAAAGUCAUCGACAACCGGCCCUUUGGCCGCAAGCCUGUGGUGGGGCAGUGCACCAUCCGCUCCCUGGAGGAGUUCUACUGUGACCCCUAUGCAGAGGAGACGGAAGUUGCGGCAACGCAUCUAGAUGACGUGAGCCUCACCCCUAAAGAUGACGUUCUCAUUGAGAUCGAUGACAAAGAACCUCUCAUUCCUGCCCAGCCUGCAGACAGCUUGACCAGCUCACCUCUCACUAACAGGCAAACUCCUUGGGCCAGUCUCCAUGAAGAAGAGCUCAUUGACUGGUGGAGCAAGUUUUAUGCUUCUACAGGCGAGAGGGAGAAAUGCGGGGCCUACCUGGAGAAGGGCUUUGACACUCUGAAGGUUUUUGAAACAGAGCUGGAGAAUAUAGAAGACUUUGGGGGUCUCUCAGAUUUCUGCCACACCUUUAAGCUGUACCGUGGAAAGACACAGGAUGCUGACGAAGACCCUACCGUGGUGGGGGAAUUCAAGGGCUCCUUCAAGAUCUACCCUCUGCCGGAUGACCCCAGCGUGCCCGUCCCCCCUCGCCAGUUCCACCAGCUCCCAGCCAGGGGGCCCCAGGAAUGCCUCCUCAGGGUUUACAUCAUCCGGGCCUUCGAUCUCCAGCCGAAAGACUUGAAUGGAAAGUGUGACCCUUACGUGAAGAUUUCUGUGGGGAAGAAAUCCAUCACUGACCAGGAUCAUUACAUCCCUUGCACUCUGGAGCCUGUCUUUGGGAAGAUGUUUGAGCUGAGCUGCACUUUGCCCCUGGAGAAAGACCUGAAGAUCUCCCUCUAUGACUACGACCUCCUGUCCAAGGAUGAGAAGAUCGGGGAGACCACCAUCGACUUAGAGAAUCGAUUCCUCUCCAGAUUUGGAGCCCGCUGUGGCCUGCCCCAAACAUACUGCACUUCUGGCCCCAACCAGUGGAGGGACCAACGGCGGCCCACUCAGCUGCUCCACCUCUUCUCCUUGCAUCACAACUGCAAGGCUCCCAUCUAUAAGUCGGACCGGAUCGUCUUCAGGGAUGAAGCCUACAGCCUCGCCGACUUGGAGGAUGGCAAACCGCCGAAUCCACACCUGGGGCCCGUGGAAGAGAGGCUCGCUUUGUAUGCCCUGCGGAAACAAGGCCUGGUGCCCGAGCACGUUGAGACAAGGCGGCUGUACAGUCCCCUGCAGCCAGACAUCGAGCAGGGAAAGCUCCAGAUGUGGGUGGAUCUUUUCCCCAAGUCUCUUGAUGCGCCUGGCCCACCGUUCAACGUGACGCCGCGGAAAGCCAAAAGGUUCUACUUGCGCUGCAUCAUCUGGAAUGCCAAAGAUGUCCUCUUAGAUGACCUCAGCAUCACGGGCGAGAAGAUGAGCGACAUCUAUGUGAAAGGGUGGCUGGCUGGCUACGAGGAGAACAAACAGAAAACAGAUGUCCAUUACAGGUCAAUGGGGGGAGAAGGCAACUUCAACUGGAGGUUCGUGUUCCCCUUUGACUACCUCCCAGCCGAGCAGGUCUGCUACGUGGCUAAGAAGGAGCAUUUCUGGAGUUUGGACAAGACAGAGAACAAAGUUGCACCCCGGCUGGUCCUCCAGGUGUGGGACAAUGACAAGUUUUCCUUUGAUGACUACCUGGGCUCCAUCCAGCUGGAUCUCAACCGCAUGGCGAAGCCGGCCAAGACCGCAGAGAAAUGCUCCUUGGACAUACUGGAUGACCCGGCGAGACUUGUCUCUCUCUUUGAGCAGAAGACGGUGAGGGGCUGGUGGCCGUGCGUGGCCGAAGAGGGCGAGAAGAAGAUUACUGCGGGGAAGCUGGAAAUGACCCUGGAGAUCGUCAACGAGCAAGAGCAGGACGAGAGGCCAGCCGGGUUGGGUCGGGACGAACCGAACAUGAACCCCAAGCUGGAAGAUCCCAAGCGCCCGGAGACCUCCUUCCUGUGGUUUACCUCUCCGUACAAGACUCUGAAGUACAUCCUGUGGCGGAGAUUCAAGUGGGUCUUCCUGAUCCUCCUCCUUGUCUUCAUCGUCCUGCUCUUCCUGGGGAUCUUCAUCUACGCCUUCCCGAACUAUGCUGCUAUGAAGCUCGUCAAGCCCUUCAGCUGAGCAAGCCCCGGCCGGAGACAAAAGCAGCGUGAGAAGGGCCAGGCCUGCCCGUCACUCCAGCUGCACAGUGCCUUCCCAAAGGUGUGACC